GCAUCACCGUACAGGAAACUAAAUGUUCCUGUAUGGUGCAAGACAACAAUUCAUUCCUGUCAGUCACACCUUUUUUUACAACCUGAGAUUCAGGUUCUUUCAGAUCCAGGGACUCUAAACUUCCCUGACGGCGCAAUUUGUCCUUGUUUUGCUGUCCUUGUGUCUCAUCACCUGUACCUGUGGAGGAGGUGGAGUCCGAAGGGGGGGGUAUAAAAUAGAAAGUACGGGUAGGUUGAAGAUGCAGGCAAACUGUUGCGAGAGAGAAGGCUAGUGCUCAAUAUGGGUAACUGGAUCGUCAACAAUGGACUUUCAGCUUUCAUACUGGUGGCCUGGAUGGGCAUCAACAUCUUUAUUUUUGUCUGGUUUUACCUCUCGUACGAUUUGGGGGAUCAGUUUUUCUACACGCGUCAUCUCUUAUCGUCUGGCUUACCCUGGGCCAGAGCGCCUGCAGCUGUACUCAACUUCAACUGCAUGCUAAUCCUCCUCCCAGUAUGCAGAAAUCUGCUGUCUCUGAUCCGAGGCUCCUUCAUGUGUUGCAGUAAAACAUUGAGGAAACAACUGGACAAAAAUCUGACUUUUCACAAGCUGGUGGGGUACAUGAUAGCACUAAUGACAGCUGUUCAUACCAUUGCCCAUUUGCUGAACGUGGAGUGGCUCAACAACAGCAGACAAGGAGCUUAUGAUGAGCUCAGCACUAUUUUGUCCCAACUGGAGGACACAAACAGCACUUCCUACUUGAAUCCAGUCCGCAUAACAAACGUUGAUCCACAGCAGAUUCCAACCCGCUUUGCCUUUAGCUCCAUCGCUGGCCUCACAGGCGUCAUCAUCACUCUGGCCCUCAUCCUCAUCAUCACCUCCUCCAUGGAGGUCAUCAGACGCAACUAUUUCGAAGUCUUCUGGUACACGCAUCAUCUCUUCAUCAUUUUCUUCGCUGGUCUCGUCUUUCAUGGAGCUGGACGCAUCGUGAGGAGUCAACAGCGAACAAAUCCUCUGCACAAUGUGAGCUACUGUAAAGAUCGCAGCGAUGACUGGGGAACCCUUCCUGAGUGUCCCAUCCCUCAGUUUGCAGGGGGAUUCCCACAGACCUGGAUGUGGGUGAUCGGUCCAAUGUUUCUGUAUCUGUGUGAGCGUUGUCUGCGUUUCAUUCGUUACAUGCAGAAAGUGACCUACAGGAAGAUCGUGAUGCGACCUUCCAAAGUGCUGGAGCUGCAGCGUAACUGCCCGGCAAUCUCUCAGCUGGAGUGGCACCCGUUCACCAUGACCUCUGCCCCCGAGGAGGAUUUCUUCAGCGUCCACAUCCGCUCGGCUGGGGACUGGACCAACAAGCUCAUCGACAUAAUGCAGCAGCUACCUGAGGGAGCACAAGGACCCAAAAUGGGCGUGGACGGACCCUUUGGCACAGCCAGCGAGGACGUAUUCGAUUACGAGGUCAGCAUGCUGGUUGGCGCUGGCAUCGGGGUCACUCCCUUUGCCUCCAUCCUCAAGUCCAUCUGGUACAAGUUCAAGGACUCCGACCCAAAGCUGCGCACUAGAAAGAUUUACUUUUACUGGCUCUGCCGUGAAACACAUGCCUUUGAGUGGUUCGCUGACCUCCUGCAGGUGCUGGAGAAAGAGAUGGAGGAGAGAGGCAUGGGGGAUUUCCUCACCUACAAACUCUAUCUGACAGGAUGGGAUCAAAGCCAUACUACUCAUGUGAUGGUUCACUUCGAUAAGGAAACGGAUGUGAUCACUGGGCUCAAACAGAAAACGCACUACGGCAGACCCAUCUGGGACAAGGAGUUUGAACAAGUCCGCAAAGAGAACCCCACUUCUGCAGUGGGAACGUUCUUGUGCGGCCCUGAAGCUCUAGCAAAAGUCUUGGAAAAGAAAUGUGCCAAAUUCUCAGACGUGGAUCCUCGGAGGACCAAAUUUUAUUUCAACAAGGAGAACUUCUGAGCAGACAAAACGACGGCAGCUUUUCUUUCACUACAGAUUAACCGAACACGACGAUGACAGUCGUCUGAAGACUUGAGGCACUAAGCUGGGUGUGCUUUAACAAAUUGCACUGGUAAAAAUGUAUGGAUGUUGUGGCAGCGCUACUCAGGAAGUGACUUGACCUCGUCUUUCAAUCUAAUCAAGACUAGAUCAUGAUUCAGGUUUAUAAAACCAGUUACACCCGUGUAUCAACAACCUUAAGCUGCAUGUCUGGUGAGGCCCUGCCAGUUCCUGAUGGCUGAUGACUUGAAGGAAGAAUUUGACUGUAAGGGAAACAGCUGGACCUCAAGGUUAUAGUAAACUUGUUACUUCCUUGUAUAACCUUUUUUUUUUUUUGCAUCAAGACAGUAUGUAUUUGAAUAUUGUUUCAGAUAUUGUUCGUAUGGUAAUUUACUACUACUAUAGCAGCUAAUGAUCAUUUCUCAUCAUAUAAUCUGCUUUAUUUUCUUGUGUUGGAUGUCAGACGGUAGUAAAAAUCAAAGCUAUUGUCUUUAAAUUGAGUGUUAUGGAACCAGCGUUGUUCACCUCAUGAAAACUGCACUGAUCAAAAUAGUUUAUUUGCUCUUUAAGACCACAAAUUGAUGCAACGCUCUCAAAAAUGAUAUAGGCCAAGCUGCCGCGGCAACGAUGGCGUUUCAACAUCAAGUGAAUACCUGAUGAAGACUUGUUGAAAUGUCAUUGCUGCCAUGGCAGCUUGGCCUAAAUAAACACAAUUUUUGGAGCAUUAAAUCAAUGUGUGGGUUGUUUUUUUUACUUCACUAGUACUGUGUGCUGACCUAUGCACCUAAUGUGAAGCUUUUUUUGGGGAUCUGCAUACAUUUUUCCUCAACAUAUGCAUUAGCUAAAGCUUUUGUUUAACAGCAAAGAGUCAGCAUAUUUCAGCGUUAAUACGUCUUCCCUUCAGCACAGAUUUUCUUCUGGUCAAAAACUGUAAAUAACGUGUUCUUACAAUACAUGUGAAUGUGUUACAGGCUACAAUAACUACUGAGAGUUCUAAAAAUGUUUAACUUCUUAGUGUACAGUUUGUUUUCUUUGUGCUUCACUUGUUAAGGAAAUAAGACUGCUGUGAGCCAGGACACUGGGUUCUUGGAACCAGCAAUUAUUUCCUUGUCUGAAGGAUGAAAUGAAAACAAAAAGUAAUUCAGUUAAUUAUUGAAAGGUGUGGAAGGUGUUUCAGUUACUGGAAUUGUUAAUUGGUAUUUUUUAAAUGACUUUUCUUGUACACAAUCCAGACUCCUGAAUAAAUGAAGGGAAGUA